AUGUUGAUUUGCUUUACUGCCUUUCUGCAUUUCGGGGUUUUGAUCUUCGGGACGGGUUCGAGGCAUUACUCUUCGAUACUCAGAGCUACGUAUUUUCAACUCGAACUGACUCGAGGGCGCGUGAAAGCGAGACCUAUCUAUGAACUGGCAGAUGCCAACGACACUUUUGGAAGAAUUUUUGCCGUCUUACUUCUAUUUACCCUGACGAUAUUGGCCAUGAAUAUUUUUAUUUCCAUUAUGAACGAUGCUCUUAUGAAUGCAAAAGCCUGCGCUAAUGAAAAUGAGGUCUACGACCUUCUGGAUGAAAAUUGGAGUCAAAAGGAAGGGGAGAAUAAACGCAUAUUUGACGCUAUAAGUGAAAGUACAAAACUAACGAAAGGAAAUGAAAUAGUGAAGAUGACGAAAACAGAGAUUAGAAAUUGUGGCGAAAAUCCCAACAAAAAGAGGGUGGUCAAUUUUGAUGCAAUAAGCAAAGCAAUUAUAGCAUCAAGAGAAGAAAGCGUCGAAAAUUCAACAGAGAAGCUUAAAGCCAACACAAGGAGAAAAUCCUUGUUUGAUAAGAUUCAGUGA